AUGGCGGACUCUAAGCCCAAGCCAUCCUCAAUCCCUCCAUGGCAGCAGUUUAACAACGCCUCCAACACUGACAACUCCUCCGAGUCUACCUCGUCGCCGACCUCCGACGACACCUCCCGGUCAACUCUCAUCGAACAAGCUUCCAAGUUCCUCGAGGAUGAGUCCAUUCGUGACGCCCCCACCGAUCGCAAAGUGUCAUUCUUGCAAACUAAGGGCCUCCGAGAGGACGAGAUCAACUCCCUCCUAGGCAUAUCAGCCACCUCCACAGCGAGCGAUACAACCGAGGAAGAGAAGGUUGCUUCCCCGGACACCACUACCCCCAGCAGCACCGAACCAGCACCAGCACCAGAACCAACAGACAAUGCCUCAGCAUCAUCAAACCAAUCCACGCCCUCAUCCUCAAUCACCACACCUACCCCAUCCCCAUCAACCACAACCCCCAAAACCAAUAAUACCCGCGACGUUCCCCCCAUAAUCACCUACCCCGAAUUCCUCUCCACGCCAACCAAACCACCCCCCCUUGUAACCCUCCGCAGCGUCCUCUACACCCUCUACGGUGCAGCCGGCAUAAGCGCCAGCUUCUACGGCGCAAGCGAAUACCUCAUCAAACCCAUGCUCUCGAACCUGACAAGCGCACGACAAGAGUUAGCCUCCACAGCGACAAGCAACCUCCAAAAGCUGAACGAGAAGCUCGAGCAAAACGUCUCCGUAAUCCCAGAAAGCCUUAAGAAUAAGACCGCGAACAUCGAAAACGACUCAUCCUCCACGGACACCGAGUCCAUCACCUCCGACCCAACGGAGCUCUUCCACCGCGACGUUGCCACCCAAACAGCCACCUCGGACUUCGCCGCAACUUACAACAACAGCAACAAAACGGGCACAGACAAAGACACUCCCGCAGACCCCACCGCAGCGGUAACCGACCACCUCAAACGCCUCGAAAGCAUCCGUUCCCAGCUCCGCGAAUGCUCCGACACGGAGAAGGAGUCCGGCACGCUGGAAAGUGGAAUGCGCACGCGCUUGAACGAACUGCACCAUUACCUGGAUGGGUUGAUUUAUAGUAAGCCUGGGUUUAACCCGCUCUCUGGGUAUGGGAUGUACAGUACGCCUGGGAUCGAUUCGGGGAGUGGAGCGGCAACGGGGGUAGGGAAGGGCGAGGAGGAUGCCAUUGCGAACUUUAGGGCGGAGAUUAGAGGUGUGAAGGGGGCGUUGCUGAGCGCGAGGAAUUUUCCUGCAGGUCGUGGGGGGAGGAUCGGGGGUGUGGCGGGGAGGUAA